CACAUUUGACUUUUCAUCAUCACCUGUCAAAAACCCAUUUAGGGUUGGUUGGUUUUCUGUUCAAUUUCAAAUCUUUGAAUUCAAUUUUAGGGUUUACAUAACACAUAUGGGCCCCAUCAAAUUAUUAUGAUAAAUUGAAGAUGAAUGAUAAAGAAGCCAGUACUUCCGACGGAAAUUUUCACGGCGUGCAACCACACCGUGAUUUACAAUCAAAUUGGGAAGUUGAUCUUGUAAACAAACUUCAAAGUUAUUUACUUAAAAUAUGCUCUGGUGAAUUUACCGGUCAAGAAGAUAGUGCCAAUCAUCUUUCUGUUAAUUUUGCUGAAGCUGCUUUGUUGAUUCAAGGGUCAGUUCAGGUGUACAGUAAAAAGAUUGACUAUUUGUAUUCAUUGGUUGUACAUGCUUUAGAGUUCAUCUCUCAACAUGGUCAGCAACAUGAUCAACCAGCGAGCUCAUCAGGCCAAGACGAAGAACAAAAUGGUUCUGAUGCUGCUCCUGUUGAACCAGAUGAUACUUUUUGGUGCUCAAAUGAUAUCCCAGUUGAUGCCAAGAAUUCCUUGGAUACUUCAAAUGACAAUGAUGCUCCUCUAAACUCCUUUGUGAAACCUCCUGCGAAUUUGGUUGUGCUUGAAGGUGAUUGCUUGGAUGUUAGUGGAGACAGUGGGGAAUUAGAGUCCUUUUUGUUAGCGACAAAUGAUCUACACAGGGAUUUUCUUCUUUUAGAUGCUAGUGAUGCAGUAGCAGUUGAUGAUUUUCUGGGUGGCAAAGAAACAUUUAGCAAGUAUAAAAGUGGUCAUAAAGGAGGGAGUUCUAUUAAGUCUCGCAAAUCAUUUAUGUCACCUUCAAAAGCUUCUGGUGGAACGGUGCGUAAACAAUCUGCUGGAAAGACCCAUGUUCCUGAUUCAGAUCCACCUGACAUUGUUGAUAACCGCUUUGAUGCAAAUGACCAUAAUAUGCAAUCACCUGCUCCUGCAUGUAAUGGUAAUAUGGACCAUGAUUUUGACAUGGAGGAUGGGUUUUCACAUCCAGGGACAUUUGACGAUUCGGAUGAAGACAGUGAUGAUCCAUGGAAACCUUUAAAUCCUCAUGAACGGGGAAACUUGAAAGUCAAACCCUUUAAAAAAGUUAAAGCUUUUAAAAAGAAUUGGCCGACUCCGAGCACUAAAGUUUCUAUAUUAGAGGAGUUUCCACUUGCAAAAUUGCAUGGCCCGAUUAGUGCUGAGCUGAAUGAAAUAUGGGAUGCACGAUAUCAUGUUGACAAAAAAGAUCAGGAAUCAGAAUCUCUUCCAUUGUAUGAAAAGCUUCGGCGAUCACUUGUGCUAGGAGAUCAUGAAAAUCUUGGGGCGUUAAAAAAUGGUAAAGAUGAUGAAGAUAAUGGAUAUGAUGACGAUGGGGGCCCUGAUUUCAUGGCUGAUGAUUAUGACAUGCCGGAUAUGAAUGAAGAUCAUUUUAAACCUGAAAAGCAUGUGAAUGAAGAUGCACAUUUUGACGACAACCCUUUCGAUCAUGAAGACCCAGAUUCUCAUGCGAAUCUUGAAGAUCUGUGCCGUUCUCAUAUGGAUUCUUUGCUUGCUAGUAUCGCUGAGACAGAGAAGCAGACUGCUCUGGCAGCUAGGGUAUCAAACUGGAAGCAGAGAAUCGAGCAAAACUUGGAUGAGCAAGAUGCACGGCCACCAUUUGAUAUACAUGAAUAUGGUCAAAGGACUUUGGACAAGCUUUCGCUAGAAGCAGAUGUUGGAAAUUCCUUAACCUUCACUGAUGUUGUCAGGGGUCAAGAGAAACAUGAUGUUGCACGGACUUUUUCUGCCCUUCUACAGUUGGUGAAUAAUGGAAACGUAGAACUGGUUAAGUGUGGGGCUGGCGGUGAAUUUAUUUGUUAUACCGCUGAGAACCCAUUUCAUGUCCGCCUUUUAAAUAAUGAAAAGAGAGCAGAAGUACAGCUUAGGUCCUCCAAUAAGAGACCAAAGGCUCAGUUGAAACAAGGAAAAGAGAAUCGGGGACUAGCCACCGGUUCAACAUCAUCAUCAUCCCCUCAGAUAACUGUAAAGUUAGGUAAAGGUGUUGCAAUUAGGUGCACUCCUGAAAGCAAGAGGAGACGACGGUCAAGAAUGGUUGACCCGGAUGGGUUAAGUUCUGCAGGGUGACAUAAAGUAGGUAAACUUGAUAACAUUUAGUAUUGUUUUUGUGACAUUGUGUAUUGACAGUUAGGCUUGUAAGUUGUAACAAAUAAUUUGAAAUAAUUUAGAGUUGGUGAUAGUUCUUUUUCUUCCCCUUGUAACAAUGUUUAUUUAUUGUAACUUGAAUCCCAUAUAUUGGGAUAUGGAACAGAUUGGAUAGAUA